GACGUUGCUGCCCGCUCCGCUCGUGAUCCAGUCCUCUCCCGUGUCUUGGACUGGGCCCACAAAGGCUGCCUACUAUGGGGCAACAGAGUCGUCAUCCCCAAACCCUUGCAAGACCAAGUGCUGAGAGCCCUGCACGAGGCACACCCGGGCAUAGUCCGCAUGAAGGCUCUCGCACGGAGCUAUGUCUGGUGGCCCGGCCUCGAUGCAGAAAUUGAGGCUUGGGUUAAAAGGUGCCCGACAUGCCAGGUGUCAAGGCCUGACCCCCCACGUGGCCCAGCGCAAUCAUGGGAAUCCACCAAAACCCCCUGGUCAAGACUGCAUAUGGACUUUGCUGGCCCCUUCCAUGGGCGGACUCUACUCAUACUAGUGGAUUCAUACUCCAAGUGGUUGGAGGUGGUCCAGGUGCCCUCGCCAUCGUCGCAGGCGACCAUCACAGUUUUGAGGGCCAUCUUUGCAACCCACGGGUUGCCGGAGACCAUCAUCACCGACAACGGCACAGCAUUCACGUCCGCAGUGUUCCAGGACUUCUUGGCCAGGAACCUCAUCAGGCACAUUCGCUCUGCCCCGUUUCAUCCAGCCACCAACGGCCAGGCAGAGCGGAUGGUGCGCACGGCAAAGGAGGCCUUGAACCGUCUGGGCCCCUCAGACUGGCCAAAAGACAUGGCGUGUUUCCUAAUGGCCUACCGGACCACACCCACCGCCUCCACAGGUCGCAGUCCAGCCGAACUCCUCAUGGGCCGCCGCAUCACCACCCUGCUGGACAAGCUGCAC